AUUUUGUUAUGAGAGUUUGCAAACAACAACAAAUGUCAAGUCAAUUUGCCAAAGUCUUUGCAGAUGCUCUGAAAUCCUAUACGCCCCUGAAGCUACUCACUUAGGAAAAUGUGAUUGUUGUUUAGAGUACACGUGUUACAGAUAUGGACAAAAAGAACAUGAAAAUAAUGUGUUAUGCAUGCUCCGGCAGUGUUACGGUCUGAGCGAUUGAUGAGGACACGUGCCGACCCAUCACUGUUUGACAGCAUGUCGAUGGUCUUGUAUUGGUCUCUCCUGCGUGAGCCGAGAGCCGUGAGCCCUGAAGAGUCCGUGAGUCCCCAGGUGCAGCGCCGGACCUCCUCCGCCACUGAUGACUGACGCCUACGUACGCCUAUAAAUGGAAUGCGCUCCCCCGCGGCAUGCACGGCAGAGCAGACGACGGGAACACGAACACAAGACCGACCGCGACCGGCCGGAUAACCCUAGCAGUUAGUGCACUCUUCUUGUUGCUCGCGAUCUAUCCUCCCUCACUCCUCACGCACGUCAACCGGCCACCAAUGGAGUCCUCCAUCGCCGCUGCCGCCACCUCGGUCGUCGUCAGGACAAGCGUUCCGGCCGUCGUCUUCAUGCCAUCACUCUCCUCGUCCUCGUCCUCCUUUCUUAGUCGUCCCGCCCUCCGCACCGGUCGUCGUCGAGCCUUCCGCUGCAGCAGCAGCAGCAGCAGCGUCGUCGCCAAGCAGGACUCGGCGAUAUCGUCGGCGGCGGCCCUGUACUGCAGGCUGGACGACAAGCUGUUCAUGUCGCCGGAGGUGUUCCAGUGGGAGAGCGGCAAGUCCCUGAACGCCAUCGCGUCCGCGCAGGGCAUCCAGAUCCGGCGCCGGUGCCGCGCCAGGUACCCCUCCGAGGGCACCGGCGCCGAGCGCGCCGUCCCGCGCAACAUCCUGGAGCAGAUCAUCUGGGACAAGGAGGUGGAGGUGUCCCAGAGGAAGGCCCGGACGCCGCUCAGCGACGUCAAGGCGGCCGCCGCCGCGGGGCUCGCGCCGCCGCCCAGGGACUUCCUCGCAGCGAUGCGCGCGGCGCGCCACCGCAACGGCGGCGGCGUCCCUGCGCUCAUCGCCGAGGUCAAGAAGGCGUCGCCCAGCAAGGGCCUUCUCAGGGACCAUUUCGAUCCGGUGGAGAUCGCGCAGGCCUACGAGAAGAAUGGCGCGGCCUGCCUGAGCAUCCUGACCGACGAGAAGCACUUCCAGGGGAGCUUUGAGAACCUGGAGGCCGUACGCAACUCUGGUGUGAACUGCCCUCUGCUGUGCAAGGAGUUUGUCAUAGACGUCUGGCAAAUCUACUACGCGCGUUCCAAAGGCGCCGACGCGAUCCUCUUGAUCGCGGCCGUGCUACCGGACAUCGACAUCACCUACUUUCUUCGCGUUUGCAAGAGUCUUGGAAUGACAGCUCUUGUUGAGGUUCAUGAUGAGAAGGAGUUGGAUCGCGUCCUCAAGAUAGAUGGUGUUGAGCUUAUCGGCAUCAACAACCGCAGUCUAGGGACAUUCGAAGUGGAUACUGCCAACACAAACAUGUUGUUGGAGAAACGUGGUGACAUCAUCAAGAAGAAGCGAAUACAGGUUGUGAGCGAGUCUGGGUUGUUCACCCCUGAUGACGUGGCAUAUGUACAAAAUGCUGGGGUUUUCGCAGUUUUGGUAGGAGAAUCCCUAGUGACGCAGGAAGAUCCUGGCCAAGCAAUUGCUGGAUUGUUCGGGAAAGAGCUUUUACCUUAAUUUAUUCCCGUUCUACUUUAGCAAAUUGUUGUAUGUAGCAAUCAUGAGUUGCAAGGUGAAGACUCCAAAAGCAUAGAGAUUGCACAAGAUGUAACUAUGGACAAAGUGCUGUUUUAUAAGAGCAAUUUGUUAGUUUUUUCA